AUGCCAACCGCGCUGGAUCGAGCAAUGCACUCAAAGAAUCUUUUUCUAGGGUUUGCUGGCAUGGUCACUGCGGCAGCGGCGUGGGCCAUAUGGGGUAGCGAUAUGUUCCCGACAGAAUCAGACCCAAGCGGAGGCAAGGAUCGAAUGUCCCAUCAUCAUUCAGCUUUAAAAAGCUAA